GCUGUGCCGGGAGAAGGAAACGGCUGUGAUUUCUGCAGUGAAAAAUGCGGUUGUUUCGGUCCUGAAGUGUUUCGUCCGUCAAAGUGUUGUGGAUCCCUAACCUUACAGUGCUAGAUCAGCAGAUAGGAGAGAGAAAGAGUGCUAAGUGUUUGUAACCCGGAUUUGUGCAGUGAUAUUGUUAUGGAGUGUUUUUUACUGAUAAGGCCGAGUGUUUUGUAAUUAGUGUUGUGCCAUUUUGGAUUACCUGUGAUACUUAUACAGCAUGCAGUUCGGACUGACGCGAUUCUACUCUUAGGAUUGACAUAAAGGUCGGAAGUCACAGUAACACUCGGGAUGUAGCACAGUAUGCGCAGUGGGACCGUAAGCGCCCCCGUGCAGUCUUGUGGUUUUGGAUUGUCCGCUCCCAACGCUCGCUACGCAGCUGUUCAGCUUUUAACCAAUCAAUUUUUGUACUUCAUUGUUGAGCCCAAGUCACGAACCCGUGAACUCUACGCGGAAACAUGUCGCCAUCUUGCAGCUUCAGGGAUGAUGGACACCGAGCUCUUCGGCUUGGCGACGGCGUCCGAUGGAGAGUAUUUGUUUGCUGACCCGGACUACAAGCUGUCUAAAUAUGCCCCUAAAAACUGGCGAUCUUCGUCCACCAAUGGACUGGAUUGCAAUGGAAAACCCCUUUUGGUUCUCCAUUUCAGGGUCAAAUUCUACCUUGAGAGUCCGCUCCUGCUCAGAGACGAGACAUCACGCCACCACUACUACCGACAGUUGCGCUACAAUGUGGUCGCACGCGGGUUGGUGCACGCAUGCGCCUCUGAGGAAGUUCUCUACCUGUUGGCCGGGCUUGCGCUGCAGGCAGACUUUGGCGACUACAGCGCAUUGCCACCCCAGUCACUACAGAACUACUUCAAACCCGCGGACUACUUUCCUCAGCAGAUGGUAUCGAGCGGGAGUGAGGCGAGAAUUGUACAGACAGCUGCCAGUCUCCACCGAGCGUACCGGGGCCUGUCGCAAGCCGAGGCCGAGAAUCAAUUUAUCCGAGAGGCAUCGUCGCGUGACACCUCCCCUCUCACUCACAACUCCCACCUGUAUCGUCUAAAGCAGCGCAAGCAGGACGCUGGGCCUGGUAACGUGCUGUUAGCGAUCUGCACCCGGGGAAUAGAGCUUUAUCAGGAGAAUUCUACCAAAGCAUUAAGCGGAACUUUUUUAUGGAACGACAUUGGCAAACUGUGUUUUGAUCGUAAAAAAUUUGAAAUUCGAGCCCUAAAUUGGCCAACGUCCGGCGAGAAGCUGACCUACUACACUAACAGCGAUGAGAAAGCCAAACAUCUUCUCGCUCUAUGUAGAGAGAGCCACCAAUUCAGCAUGGCACUUGCACCGAGACUCGGCGACAUCCGGCGCAAAGAGGAGGAGGAACGCAAGAGGUACCGAGACUGGGGUUUGGGGAACGGUGUCGUUUGUCACCGAGGAGAUCAGAGGAUCUCGGUGAUAUCCUCGACAUCGAGUAACACCACGAGCGGCAUCGUGUCUGACCGAGUACACAGCCUUGAUGAGAGCGAAGAUGACCUGGAGAUGGAGAUUAUGAUCAAUACUCCACCGGCUCCCUCGAUAGAGUCUCUGGCCUUGGCACAUCUCCAGGAUAGCGUCACGCCUCCCUCUCCACGACCAUCCCUCAAGAACCAAGGAGCAGACUAUGUUGAUGGCAAUGGCGGGGCCAAACCUAGCGCAGGAGGGGCUGGUACCCCCGCCACUACAGACGGCAGCCAGUGUUCCUCCUCCUGCUCCACCGUCGUGGUUGCAGGCACCACCUCCGAACCUAUCACUAGAGAAGGGAAACGCUUGGUUACCAAUAGAAGACAAGCCAGUACCAGCUCGAGUCUAGAACUCGGAUACUCUCAUACAGCUCAGAACUCGGCUCUCAGUGACACCAGCGUGAGUCUGGAACUCGACUACAGCGUACAGUCCGCCCACACCAGCAGUGGAGUGUACACUCUACGCAGCAGCACCGCAGCCACGGGUCACACCAUGGCGUGCUCCAGUCAGACUUCUGGGAUUGUACUUGACCAGAGUGAAGGUCGUCACUCCCGCAGUGGAUCGCUCGUCAGUGCGACAGGAAGUUUCCACGGAGAUGGAAGUGACCCGUCGGAUGCUGGCCGAGGAACUCUCUUAUCAGCCGAGGAGUUGUCCGAUCUGAUUGUCGGUAGAAGUCCUAAGCCACGGAGAGGAAUAUACCCGUCUCGGGCUACAGUCAGUUCCACGUUAGAUUCUGAUUCCGACUACGUGACGUUACCCCCUCCUCCACUUCCACCCCCUAGAUCUGACUCAGAAAAACCGUCUUCCACUUACGCUAUUCUAGAACUCGCUUCAGCGUUGUCUUCACCAGAAGAAACUCUAACAAGUCCUCUGAGGUUGGACGAUUCUUUAUCGAAUUUGAGUUUGUCUUCCAGAAAGUCUAUGGAGGAGUCUAUUUUGCAACAGCAAAUUCAGUUCCAGCAUUUGAAUUCGAGAUUUUCUCCUCAAAAGCAAACAAUUCAGCAUUUUUCAUCGAGCUCUACACCUCUCAGCCAUACGGCGCCAAAAACUGUUGUUUCUACCUCAAGCACUGCGGUGCAAACAACAGAUUUGCCUGAGUAUUUAUCUCAACCACUCUCUAUUCAACCGUCCAAACAGUUCCAGAACUCCUUCAAUAUGCAAAGCCAAACUUCUCCAAAAUCCCCGAAUGGUUUCAGCCCCGUUCCGAAUCUUCCCUCUCCGACAGAAGAGGCCAAUGUGAGAUUCAUCAGCACAAAACCGCACAUAAACAUCUUAACUGCUCAUGCGAGCUUGGUCGCUUCAACGGCCGCUCCGAGUUUUGCCGCACCGACCCUAGCCUAUCAGACAUCUGUCCCCACCUAUACCUCCUCUCAAAGAAACUACCUCCCUGAAACUAGAAGUUACCCACUGGAUCCGGCAUCGAGGAUGAAGAUCAAACAUCCCCAAAACACUCAAAAUCUUAUCCCUAUCGUCGGGAGCAACAACUAUCUGGAUGUAAGAGGAAGUGGGGCAGCUUUCCUUCAACAUUUCCAUCAAAAAUUCCCCCCACCUCCACCAGUUCUGCACCCUCGGCAGCCCCCCCCACCCCCUCCACCUCCACCACCCAGGACUGCGCUACAGACAGUCUACACCAGCCAGGUUACCCGUAGUCAGAUUGAGCAGUUCAAACAACAGUUGUACUCUGACGUCGACUAUGUUAUCUAUCCCAUGCAAGAUCCAGCCAUCAGUAAACAAGAGUAUAUGGACUCCAAGAUGGCUUUGAACCACUACAACCAGGUUUAUCCACCUCCACCUUACCCCUCGUACUCCGGCAAGUCUCACAUGGUCUACAGAAGUACACCUAAUGUGGCUGUUGCCAGUGGCUACAUCCCAGUGUCAUUCAAAAACCCAACAAUACCUUCUCAAGUCAAAUACGCUUCAAACACAAAUCUGUCAUCAGAUUUUGCUGCCUACCCCGGUUCUUCAUUCUCUUUCCUGAGCCACUAUCCUUCAUCGACUUCACCCCUGUACUCUGCAGCUGCUUCUUACUCUUCAUCGUCCACACAAAGUUUACGCUACGACCCCUUUGCGCUACAAAUAGGAGUGCCUAAGUUGAUUUCUCCUAUCGUCAACACUGGAGGAUUCACCAGAACUCAGUCUGAUGACAACAUUUUGAAUUCGUCCUAUGAGAAACCAACGAUUGAGCGAAUUAGGAUGAGGCGACCACCCCCACCGAUACCAUCAGCUUUUGAUCUUCAGAAAGAAUCAGAUGUACAGAAGAAGCAGCCUCCCACACCGACUGUGCCCGCUACACACGCAGCACCCUCUGUCCCUCCAGUGCCUUUGGGGACAAAGACUUCUGGAGAAGAGAAGAAGAACACAUCAGAGAAGGCCACGGCAGACGGACUGCUGGACAUCCGCACACUUCGAGAGAAGAGCCGGAACAUGGACCUGCCUCUGAUAUCUGCCCUGUGUAACGACCGCUCCCUACUGAAACAAACAAACGCGUUUGUCAUGCCGCGACAUCCCGGUGAGAAGAAGAGUGAAGGACGACCAGUUAGCUGGCACGUAGAGUCUAAGAAAUCCCCAGAAGGUAAAUCAGCACCUGUAGCCCUGGACGAAGGGACGCCUAAAAAGUCUCUUUUGUCAUCGUUACUGUCGUCCAAAUCCGUUAGCGAAUCGACCUCGCCCAAACACUCUUAUUCGACAGCGCCCAAAGUGAAAUACCCUGUGUCUGGACUGUCGACAACGCAAAUUGUCAAACCCGUGAGGAAAGGUACCAGCAGACACACCCAUCCGGACAAUAAAGUCGCUAAAGUCGGACGUAGCAAAAGCACGAGCAGCGCGACCACGAGCAGUGCCAAUGUUAAAGAAACAAUUUUACCUCAAUGACAAACAUGAUGUGUAUAUUUAAAGUUUAGUUAGCUCUAAGUCCCGAGUAUCCAUAGAGAUUCAGCCAUGACAUGAUACUCAAUUUUACAUAAGGGAAAUGCAAUAUCUUGAGUUCUUUUCUGUGAUUUGUUGAUUUGUUUCUAUAAUUUUUAUCGUUGUUUUCAAAAUGAUCUGUGUUAUAUAAUCCUUUUAAAGACUUAGUGUAGUUUGAUUUAGUGAAGCGUUUGGAUCCCAAGUACAACACUAUUGCUCAAUAUUAGUUCUUUGUAUAUUUAUUAUUUUACGAAAUAGUCAUUUUGAAAUCUCUUUUAUAUAAUUUGUUAGUCCUCAACUGGGAAUUGCUUACUUCUUGCUUACCCUAUUACAUAAUUACAAUUAGUUUGUUGAAAUGUUGUAAUUUACACCUAACAAAAUAUUGUUGUUAUCACCCUGAGGUACAGCCAGUAUCUUUUCACCAAAUAUAUGAAUUUGUAUUGACCCUUUAAGGCUAAUUAUGUCUAUAGUUUAACCAUCAAUAAAAUAAGUACCGGUACACAAUACCUACCAUAUUUUUAUCAAUUAGGUAGUUCCAUUUACCAUAACAAAUUGUUCAAACUCUUGGUAUUUGCACACUUCCCUUAUUUAAAAAUUGAUUAUCAUAAUUUGGUCUCUAUGGUUGUACUUUCAUAAAUAAAUCUUUAUUGUAUAAUCUACUGUCAUUAUUAUGAAACAAUAAUUAUUGUUAUAAUGAAAUUUAUAAACAGUCAUGGCGACCUAUAUGUUUAAGAUAUAAAUUUUGACUUUUAGUCUUGAUUCUGGCUCUUAUGAACUUAAGAAAAUUUCAAAAAAACAUUUAAUGUUAUUGUUGUGUUCAGUCUUGUUUUUUACAGUAUUACUAUAGCCUCCUCUAAUACAAGGCCUUGGCAAGACAAAAGUGGCCUCGGCCUACCUAAACAGAUGUUGCACUAAUUCAUAACGGAGCUUCUCCACAAUGUGUAUGUUUACACUUUUGUUAUUACUGUUAUCAACAUAGCAAAAAGCUGGUUGUUGCGACGUUGCCACACACUAACAUGGAGGCCUUGUAUCACAGGAAGCUAUGUAUACAUAUCAAUGGUUGGAAUAAUAAAAAAAUUAAAUUAUGAAACAUUAUACCAUAGACAAAAAGAAUUAAAUAUAGACAAUCAGCUGUGCUGCGGUUACCAUAGGUUCUGGGGCACACUGCUGGGAGCGCCAUGUAGUUACAGCCUAUGUGCUAUGUAACUACAAGGCGCUCGCAGCAGUGUGCGCCAGAACCUAUGGUAACCAUGGUAACCACAGCACAGCUGACAGUCUAUUUAAAUCUUUUUGUCUAUGAUUAUACACAAGUUAUUCAUAUUAUACUUAAGUAUUUUUUUUUCACAUUAAAAAAUCCCUUCUUUCAUAGAUAAUUUGAAAUAGAUCCCAAUGAAUUCUCACCACACAACAAUUCAUGCUGGUUGGGAUAUUUGUUUUUAUUUAUAAUUUUAAUGUUACACAUUAUUUAACAAUGUCAAAGGUAUUUGAUUUGUAAGUAAAGUUUCUUGUCUCAUGCACAAAAUCCCUAUAUUAUUCAGUGAAAGACCUCUUAACACAAAAACGUUCCUAUGUAGUUACAAGAUGUAGUCAAAAUCAAUUAUAUUAUGUAUGAUUAUAGGACACCCAUUAAAAUUCUGUCAAAUAAUGUUUUUGUGUUUUGUUGUCUUUGAAUUAUAAACAUUUUUAUUAAAUACAAGCUUUCCUAA